UAGCCGUCCGAAAGAGUAGUGUCCUGAGGCUACUUCCGGGAACCAGCGGACUGAGAUCAAUGACGGGAGUGUUUGAUGUUGAUGUGUUCCGAUAAGGGGGGUAGUGUCUGGGGGAAAAGAAGAGGAGGGGACAAUGGAGGGAAAAGAGUAAUGAGCCGAGCAACGACGCGAUUACCGGUAAUUAAACAUGGCACUAAGGAUUUCGAGAGGCCGGGAGAUAUCCAUAGAGCAGCGGUAGGAGUCGGGCGUCGGCAGUCACUCUCACAUGAGUGGAGCGGAAAAGGCGGGCCCAGGGUGUAUGAUUCCUGGGGAUCCCUCUAGUUAUCCGUCUAUCGUAGGUAGUCAGGGACCCGGAGCGGCUCUGUCACGGCGAACAAAGAUAUGUUGUGGUACAAAGCGCAGCGGGACCGGGGAACGAGGAGGACAAGGCGGGCGGGUUAUCAGGCGCCCAUCUGCGGCCUCAAUCAGGGGACGAGGCAACAGUAAAGGAGGCAGGGACCAGAGGAGGGCAACAAAAUGGAAUGGGUGUGGCCUCGGUGAAAUUCCUGGCGCAGUGUGUGACUGUGUGUCCCAACGCUGGACCGUAUCUGAUACCACGAUGCGAGCUUUGGGGUCUGAGCCUCUGAUAGGCAGACAGGGAAGCGGUGCGAUAUCACCAGGUAUCAGGUCUGAUACGCCUGGCGACCGGCGAGGUUGCAAAGCUGGCGGGAAGAAAGCCGUUUCGCUUGCCGUGGCGUAGAUAGCAUCUAUAAUGCGACGAGGGUCCCUCACCGAUAAGGACCGGGCGAGCGACCUUUUGAGGCGUU